AGGCAAGCAGCGAGGCACCGACCAGGAUCACAAACCCCGCGGAGAAGCGUAAAGUAUGCCUCCCGAGGCGCUACGGUUUGGAUCCGGUGUCUGUUGUUUAAUCUUUGGCGGAUUUUACGUGGACGAGUUGGUGAAUGGAUCCAAAGGACACCGAGCCGUAAGUUGCAGGUUCCAGCUGGAAAACUUCUAGUUUGAAGCUUAUUGGAUUGUGACUCUGCAGCGGAGGACUUCCCACAUCAAAAGCUGCUGCUGCCCGCAGGGACCGCCGGGGAGCUCUGUGAAGACCCUGUGAUUUCUCGUGUAGUGGAGAAGAAGAUCAUCUUUACUGUCCCAGAUCUCCUCCACUGAGGAUCUGUCACUUCAGGCCCGUUUGUGAAUACAUAUCUCGAAGAUGAGAGCUGUCUCCUCUCUCUGUCCUCCACUUGGUCGAAUGUGGAUGGAUGUGGCGUCGUGAGGAGGCACUAGCCUGAGGACAGUUUGGAGUUUUUUGCCCACACAUUCUUCACCUCAUGCAGUUCCUUCGGCCGGCCUGGGCUCUGACUGCCGCCGCGGUCUGCUUCCUCCUAUUGCUCCUCCACAGCCAAAUCCUGAGAGAAGGCCAGCUGGUAGCAGGGACCUGUGAGAUUGUGACUCUGGACCGUGACAGCAGCCAGCCCAGGACGACCAUCGCACGGCAGACAGCUCGCUGCGCCUGCAAGAAGGGACAGAUUGCUGGUACGACGAGAGCCAGACCAGCCUGUGUGGAUGUUCGUAUCAUCACGAGUCGACAGUGGUGUGAGAUGACUCCGUGCUUGGAGGAUGAAGGCUGUAAUCUCCUGGUCAAUCAGUCAGGCUGGACCUGCACUCAACCAGGAGGCAGAGUGAAAACCACCACGGUCUCCUGACAGUGACAACUACAAAAACUACAAUUCACCAGAAAGACAGGUUCCCAUCAUCCAUUACCCAUCAUCAGCUAGCGGACCAUCCUCUCCAGCUUCAGUUGCUGAAGACCAAUCACAGAACACCGCAGCCUUCAGAGUCGCAGGUCAAAGCACCAGCACUUCCUGUUUGAUGCAUGGGUGAACUCUGGAAACUGAAGCUUAAACUUCUUUUGGGGAAAAACAGUGACUGUGUUCGUUUUCCAAGAGAUUUGAAAAGCAUUUUAGUGCAUUGGAUGGAUAUCUUUUUCGUGGCACAAAACUCUGUUUCAUUUUUACAUACCAAAGAUGAACAGAGCCCACGAAGACAUGUUUUUGGAGGGGAUAAGACAUUCAGAGUGCCACUCUACCACAUACCCUACUAUAUCUUUGCAUAGAAAUUAAAAUAUUGUAUAAAUAUCUACUACAUGGCUUAACUAAGAAAAAAAAGAGUUAUUUAAAAAAAAAUUGUUUCUGAAUGAAGAGAGAUGAAGCUGUUGUUUCUGUUGGGACACUCUGGCUAUGUGCUGGUCAUCAGUCUGGUAGGAAGGGUAAAGGGAAAAAAUCAUAUCAGACAUUUUUAUGAUAGAAACAUCAAGACUUGCACUUUAUGUAGACAUUUGAAAUGUUGUUUUACACAUGAAAAUUUCCAUCGACCAGGCAGGAACACUUUGAGUGUGGUAACAAGUAGAAAAAUAUACAGUAACUGUUCAAACUGAUGCGCAUACUUAAAACAAUGGAACUAAGUGAACCUCAGACAGUUAUAUUAUAGUACUUGAUUUUGAACCUAUUUGGGUUCACUUUUAUGUUAUAUCAGACAUUACAGUUGUCAAAGUUUUCAGUUUUAUUGUGCAGGUAACAACUGAGGCAGUGAUGCUGAUAAAUGCAUGGAACUUCAGCAAUAUGAACUCAGCUCCUACUUUGAUUUAGACAUAAAUAACAUCAGAUAUUUCAGGAAUAUAAUAUUGUCUCUUCAAAUAAAACCAUGCAGUGUAGUAGCUCCCGAUGGUUACAUGUCACUAUCCCUCAUUAAAAAACCCCAUCAAACUACAGAUUUAUCGAGGAUUCCUGGCCAUUCCACCAGACUACAUUGUAUAUUCUUCUACAUUUUUCUAUAUUUGGCCAACAUGCAAUUUGCAAUAACGAUUUCAGUUAAGCAAGGAAUUUCAUACCACACACUAUUUCUGUUUGAGAGCAGAACACAUAAGAACACAAUAGAUUUUCAAGUAGAAAGUUCCAAAGUUAACAGUUUUAUACAUUGUAUGUUUGUAGAAAGCCAUGUUUGACUCAUGUUUGAAACCUGUUGUUAUUCAAAGCUUGGUCUGACAGUUAUAUUGCUUUUAAGCUGGGACUGAGAAGGUGUUUUUCAUUUUAACCACUUUCUGAUGGGUUACAUUUCAAAUACUUACAUAUCAUAAGUAAUACUUAAAGUAAUAACUGAUCAUUUGUUUACAUCAGUUAUGAAAUAUUACCUAUAUUUUUUCCACGUACUGUCAUUAAAAAUCAAGUUGUGCAUUAAGCCAAUAAAUCUACAGUAGUAAACAAAAACUGGUUGACACCAGCUCUUUACAGAUAGCAGAAGACAAAUAUAAAGUGUUAUGUAGAAGAGAUGUUUCAAACCUGGGCAAGCUAAAUUAUAGGAAUUAAAAUGAGUUAUUAUACAACUAUACACUAAGUAAAAAAAAAAGAAAAAAGAAAAAAUAAACAAAAAAAGUGACAUUGAUUUCUUUUCCCCCUUCAACAAGUGAAUGUAUACCAACUCUAACAAUUCCAUGUUUCUGUAGGUCAUUGCCUUAUCUCACUCUUAUUCAGCAAUGGGAAAUUAAGUCACUGCCCCUGUUUUGAUGUUGUUCCCCUGUUCUGUCCUUAUGGAACCAUUUUUUCACUAAAUAGAAAAUGCAGUUUAAUUGCCUAUCUUCCCAAAUGUUUUCUUCUGGUGACAAAUUAAAUACUUUUAUAUGGAAAAUAACAAGUGCAGGGAACAAAUCCACAACUAUCUUAAUAUUCACUCAUUUUAGGGUCUUGACAUGAGGUGGGAAUAAUGUUAGUUUCAGGUUUAUAAUUUUAAACUUUAAUUGCAGAUGCAAGAACAAGGGAAUUCUGUCUUCGCCUUUCAGUGUUAUCAAAAUUUACAUGGUAAUAGGGAUAAUUGUCACGGGCUGCGGCUCCAGACCUUGUAUUUGCAGAGAGGAUCCAAAAGCAGACACUCAAGGCAGGGCAGAGCUUAACUAAAGGCAAGCAGUUUAUUAAAGACAGGACAAAAAACACACACACACAGGGGCAAAAGGAGGUUAAGACACUAAACUGAACAGAAAGCUAAACACUAAGAACGUGGCACAUAAGGCAUAAAACACCAAACAAGAGGCAUGGAAAACCUGAAAGAUGGUAGGAAGAUGGACAGACAAUCCAACAAGGUAAAAAAGAUACAUGGCACAAUAUAUACACACACAAGGGUGAAUAGGGAAAGGCUGUUCAUCUCAGCAUGGGAACAUAGCUGAGGUGAACGAACAUAAUGAGACGAGGUAAGCAAAACUGAACACAUUGAACACAGGACAGGAGACUGUCAAAAUAAAACAGGAAACACACUCAGACUGAGACAGACAGGCUUGACACUGGGGUCAGGGAAGAAACAGACAUGGGAACAAGGCAUGCACAAUUGACGAAACACAGCAACACGACUAACACGCACAGAGGGCGAAUACUCAGCAAAAGAAUCAUGAUUUCAAAAUAAACAAAAAUGCUGGGUCAGUGACCCAGCACCCUGACGAUAAUACCUCUGUGGGACAACAAACCAGCGUACAAACAUGAAUGUGGGAAACUUAUGACUAUCCUCUGUUUUCUUUGGGUCAAAAUAAAAUAAAAAUGUGUUUUUCUUUUCAGAGAUGAGCUUCUGUUUUUCAGU